AUGCGCUCCUUUGGUAGAGACGACCAUGGACCAGACCAACGCUACGAGAGCUCAGGCCGGAACCCUUCCGAGGAAGGCGAUGAGUCCUCCUGUUCCGCCAUCACUGUCCGCCUCCCACAGUACUGGGCCCAGCAUCCUUCGGCGUGGUUUCUUCAGGCCUAUUCGCAAAUUCAAGUCGCUGGUAUGAGCUCUGAAGCCUCAAAGUUUCAUUACGCCAUUGCAGCGCUCUCGCCCGCCGCCAUUGACGAUGUAGCAGAUUUCUUGAACUCCCCAUUGUCUGCCACCCCCUAUGACGAACUCAAGGCAGCCCUGCUACAGCGCACAGUGACUUUACAGCGCUCUCGCAUCCAGCAGCUUCUGUCCGCAGAAAAACUCGGCUACCGACACCCUAGUCAACUUCUUCGCCGAAUGAGGCAUCUGCUCAGAAACAACGUGCGAUCCACAGAAGACGCGCUGUUGCGCAAAUUGUUUUUGCAACGACUGUCGGCUAACGUGCACAUGGUCCUUGCGACAGCCUCUACCAUGGAUCUUACUGAACUUGCCGCUGUGGCCGACAAAGUCAUGGAAGUAGCCGCCCCAACGACCGCAGCCACGGCAUCGUCUCCGGGUGACAAUACAAACGCCCUGCAAACCCUUCCCUGCUCUUCAGUAGCGCAAUCUUCGCUCGACGCCUUUCGUGAGCGCCUGGAACACAUAAUCUGUGGAGCGGAACAUCGCGGCAGGUCAUCUGGUCGCCCACGCAGCCGUAGUUCUAGGAAAUCAAGACGCAGGGGCACCCGCAAUGAAACAUGA